AUGAGAGAGUAUCGCUCGCCCGAGCCAAGGCAAGGCCAUGAGAGAAGGAGGCGCAUGGCGAUGGGCGGAUGGCAAUCACUGGAGCGGUUGGAAGAGGAAGUGAAAAGGGAUUAUGAAGAGGAAGAGCGAGUUGAAGAGCAUUCAAGUCGUUUGCCAGCGCGGCGUAGGAGGGGAGGAAGGGAGCGAGGCAGUGAUGUCGGCAGACGUGCGUCGCUGGGUGCCUCAGGAGAGGAGCCAAGAGCGCACAGAGGGGAGAGGGAGGAAUAUGAGCAUGGGCUGGAUCCGGCCCGACAGAGUAAGCAGGAGCGGCGUGAGAAGGAAUUGUGCCCUGAAGGAGAGGGGUACAGGGGAAGGCAAGAAGGGCGAAAGGGACCUGGUGUGGAGGUGAAGGAGAAGCAAGACCAGAGUAGACAGAGGAAGGGAGAGGACAAACAUCACAUGCGACGGGAGGGGAUGCAGGGAUAUGAAGCAAAGCGACACCAGCGGGAUGAAGAGGCAGGAAGGAAAGGAGAAACGGGAAGAUGGGAUCAGGAGCACCGAGAAGCGGAAGAGAAGGACGAGCAGGUGGGGGCAGAAGCAUGUGCAGCAGCAGCGGCGGAUGUAGAGGAGAAGGACGAGCAGGUGGAGGCAAAAGCGUGUGCAGCAGCAGCGGCGGAUGCAGAGGAGAAGGACGAGCAGGUGGGGGCAGAAGCGUGUGCAGCAGCAGCGGCAGAUGCAGAGGAGAAGGACGAGCAGGUGGGGGCGUGGGAGUGUGGACCAGUAGUAGCAGAAGCGGAAGGAAAAGACGAGAAGAUGCAAGUGCGGGCGUGUGGACCACAGGCAAGAAAGCAGGCGCAGGAUAGGAAGAUGGCAGAGCAGCAGGUAAGGAAGCUGUGGGAAGCACAUCCAGAGCUGCUGCGGGAAUUAAUGGUCAAAGAAGCCAUGAGAAGAACUAAGACGGAUGUGGGGAGUACAAAAGCAGAGAUGGCGUGCAAUGGGGGGCAAAAGGAGCCACGGGGAGGAAGAUAG